GUGUGAUUUAUUAUCUCAUGAGCGUGUGUAUAUAUAAUCUGGCUAAUGGGUGAACGCAUGUUCGUAUCUCACCGUCUUCCUCUUUUUCCCGUCUCUGAACCACUCUAAGGACGAAGUGAAGGAAUCUGAAAAGGCAAAAAGUUAGAGAAACAUGGCGACUGAUUACAACAGAGCUGACGAUUUCUUAUUUUCUCAACGACAAGAGUCUACCUCUGGUGCUCACAAAUACGGAGGACUUGUGCCAAAGAAAAAGCCACUUAUCUCGCAGAAUCACAAACGUGCUUUCUUUGAUUCAGCAGAUUGGGCUUUACACAAGCAAGAAGCAAGUGUAGAUGAGAGAACAAUAGCGGCAAUAGAAAACUUAAGACCCAAAUUACAGAGAACGCCUCGAAAGCAACUUCCUCUUAGAAGACCCACCUGUGCAACUGGACAAGAGAAUUUGGCAGAUUCGAGCUUUUAAGGUACAACGCUGAAUGGUUCUACGUGUAAAUGUAACGUGGUUGGGGUACUUGGGUUGGGUUGAGCCUGCUCACGUGUUUCAUGUUUCCAUUAAAAACCUUGUAUGAAGUUGUUUUGUUUUAGCUCUUGGUCCAUAUAUAAAAUGCUCGUCGUUUGAAUACAUGGUGCAUGUUACCAAAGUAAACAAAAGCGGUGGCCACCGUAAUGUUUGAAAUAAUUAAAG